AUGAAAGACAAUUAUGUAAAAUCGAAUUAUGAGGAGCAAGAACGUCUUCUAUUAAAUUUGCGUCGUAUCAACUUUGCUAAAUCAGUUAAUCAUACAUGUCUUUGUUCUUCAGCCGAUUCUUUGGAACAGGAAAUUGUCUCUUGUUUGUUAUGCCUUGCAAAAUUCCACGUAUCUUGCGUUCAACGGACUAUAAAUGUAGCGAAACUAUUAGAUGAUUAUUAUUUAUGCGUUCGUUGUGUUCGUGGACGGCGACCAUUCCUGGAUAAUUUAUUGAUUUUAUGCGCAAAUGCUCCAUUAUCUAUAGAACGAAAAUUGAGUAUGCAUGUUGUGGAAUAUACUCGAUCGGUCUAUAAAGAAGGUGCAACUGUAUUGAGUACGCUUUCUUCUAUAGAUCAAAAGAGCAGAAAAGACGCAACACGGAGAUUCACAAGUGGCUUAGUAGCAAUAUUGAGUAGUGAGGCGAUUGAUUGCUCUUUAUGGCCCACCUUCGUCGCAGAAUUAUCAAAAAUUUGGCCAGUUUCUGAAAGGCAAAGGAAUAUGCAUAAAAAAAUUCGUAGUUUGGCAGAGAAUUCAACUCCUUUUGCAGUUUUAUUCUAUAAGGAUAAUAAAAAAGUUAAUCAUAAUUUUGUGCGAGUAACUCGACCCUGUCGUAAACGUAAAUGCAAAUCCAAAGAUGAUGAAUCGUGUGCUGCAGAAAUUUGCCUUCACCCUAAUGAUGAUGAAAUUCAUUGGAUUCAGUGCGAAUCGGGCUGUUUUCGUUGGUAUCACUGCAUAUGUGUUGGGCAAAAAAUUAAUCCACUUAAUCGUAUUUCAUCAUAUUGCUGCUAUAGAUGCUCACCUAAUGAAAAUGCUGCAAAACAUUAUAGGAAUGUUUAA